UCGCGGUUACACGCACGCGGCGUCAGCAAGGACGCGGCGGACGAGUGUGAACGUCAGACGAGGUAAAACCACAAGAGGAAGAAGUUGGGGAGAACGAUUUGCAGCGGAAUGGCUCUCCUGAUUCAAGCCGCAGCGGCCGCGGGUGGCCUGGUGGCCCGAGUUCUCAAUUUGGUAACGGAUAUGUUCCUCACGGCACCGCUGAAGGCUAGCAUCCAGCAUCUCGAAGAAGCUGAGCUCACGACUUUGACUGCGGAGAAGACUAAGUUCAAGGCCAAGUCUCUGUGGCAGCAAAGAGGUGCAGUCAUUAUGGCGGUGCGGAGGCCAGGAUGAUUUCUGUGCAGAGAGGAGGCUGCAGAGCUGUCCUCUCUGAAGCCCCAGCUGGACCAGCUCGGGGUCCCCCUGUACGCCGUGGUCAAGGAGAACAUCGGCAACGAGGUUCAGAACUUCCGGUCGUACUUCAACGGGGAUAUCUUCUUGGAUGAAAAGAAGCGCUUCUUCGGGCCUCGCGAGCGACGAUUGGGCGUCCUGGCGUUUCUUCGUGCAGGGGUGUGGAUGAACGGCCUGAGGGCCUUCGGAAAGGGCUUCAAGGGAAAUGUCUUGGGAGAGGGCUUUGUGCUGGGCGGUGUUUUUGUUCUCGGGCGUGAGCAGCAGGGAAUUCUGUUGGAACACCGAGAAAUUGAGUUUGGCGAUAAGGUCAACAUUGAAGAUGUGAUCCAAGCGGUCCGGAGAAUACCACAGGAACUUGUGCCCAUGGAGAAUAACGUCACAGAGUAAUUUAAGCUGCAUGCAUAGUUGACUUGUGUAGUGAAAGCCUCCCAGUCUGUUAAUGAUGGUCUGUUAUCAAACUCUACGGAGCAAACAGACUUGAUGUUUUAAAGAAUGGGCUUCCUUUUAUUACCCAAUAAAAUAUGUCAUGGCACUCAA